AUGCGACGUCUCGCCUCUGUGGCAACGUCCUGCCUUCUCUUGAUCUCGAGCGCCGUGGUUACAUCAUCGGAAUCAUCAUGUUCAACUGUGGUUGCUUCUGUUUCCCAUUCUCAGGUGGAUAUGGCGGACGACACCCAAGGUAGUGGAUGCCCUGUUAAAGUUACCUGGGAGACAGCCGGAAGCACCACCGAAGCAAUAGCGACGGAGGUUCUGGAUGUGUUCAUCGUUCUCGACGAAUCGGGGUCCGUUGGUCAAGACAACUACAACGUUGCCAUCGACUUCGUCAGGACCUUCAUUGAGGACCUCGACUCUUCGGCCUUUCUGUUUGGGUCCGGUGGGCAGCUCGGAAUAACGGAGUUCAGCUGGAAUCCCACGGACAAAACGGGGGACCCCACGCAAAGCGAAUGCCGAGCAAACUUUCCAGGGCGGAGGUGUUUCGGCCAACAAUUCGUACCAUUCGUAACAGCGGACAACUGGAUCCCACAUCAUGAUCCACAGUGGCCAUCUUACUCCCAGACGUGUCUGGGAGACGCCAUCAAGUACACAGCUGACAUGGCGCAAGCCGUUAAGAACGACCAGACCAGAGCUGCUCUUCCUGAUAGACAGGAAAUCGGCGGUCCACAUACCGGGGAUUUCGACUCUGAUGACUACGUCCUGGAUCUGGAAGACUUCGCCAGUUUGGACGACAGCUUCGCUGGGGAGCUCGUAAGCCGCAUUUCGAUAGCGUGUGCGAACAACGUGGAGAUUGCGGUGGUUGUUUCGGCCGCUGCGGGCGUCCCGACGGCCUUAGAGUGCGAGGGCGAGACAUGCACGGCCGACGGAUCUACCCUGACGUGGAACAUCGCCAAGCUUGACGACUCUCUACGCGAGAUGACCUAUGUCAUCGACGGUUGCGAUUGCCCUAGUGUUGGGGGCUUCGUGGAAACACUCGCAAGCGUUUCCUACACAGAUGACGACAACUCGCCAGCUACCCACCCCACGCUGCCGACCAGUAUUGUUUUCGACGUGGUUGACCCUUCCGAAACUUGCGGAGUUCCAUCCGUAACGGUCGAUGCGACCGGUACCUGGGUCGACGGCAACAUCAACGGCUAUACCAACGUGGACGAGAGCAUCACUUUCGCUUUCGACAUCACGAACAGUGGAACCAAGACGCUGCACAACUUCUGUUUGAGCGCCUCGAAGCUCGGGGCAGGGUGUCUCGAAUGUACAUCUCCAACCACGCUGCCACAAGGCAGCUUCUUCUCUUGCACCGUCAGCUAUCAGGCCACUCAAGACGACCUGGACCUUGGAGAGGUCGUGAUCUCAGCAACGGUGUCGGCCGAGUCGUACUACGCGGACGGGGAGUCCGUCCAAGGAGACACGGGCGCAGUCGUCGAUUUGAAGACUGACGAAUCGCUCCACGUUCGUGAGUGGCAGUACUUUCGAUCGGUAUUCACCAGCACGUCCACCAAGAAAAAUGCUUUAUACCAUACCGGGUGA